CGCCGCGACCCCGCCGCAAGCACCGCCCGCGCCGGCAUGGAGCACUUCAUAGAGACCGUGCGCAAGUACCCUUGUCUCUGGAACACCACCACCAUCGAGUACAGGGACCUGGAGUUGAAAGACGCCGCUUGGGCCGAGGUUAUGAAGGAGACAGAGCUGUCGUCAGUGAAAGAAGUAAAGCUGAAAUGGAAGAAACUGCGGGAUUGCUAUCGAGAUGCUUUGAAGCGGCAGAGUGACAUGCUGGCCAAGGAUCCCAAUAGUGCACGUAAGGCAUAUACAUGGAAAUAUAUGGAACUGAUGCAGUUUCUGCAGCCGUACAUGAAUAACCGCAAGAAGCCAGCGGAGACGUAUGCUCCGCCGCCUGUGCAAGAGAACGGAGGACAGAAUGGCGUCGCACAUUCGUCAGAUUCAUCGGAUUCGGACGCAGAGUCGUCUCCAAAGAGGAAGAGUUGUGAGCGAAGCGAAAGGAGCGUGUCUCGGCCUGACAUGCAAGCCAAGCGGCAUUUCUCUGAAGCGCAAUACGCGGAACGAAAACGCAAGCCGCCCCCGGCCGUGGUACUGCCCGACCCGCUAGACAUCUUCUUCAAUAGUAUGUGUCAGUCAACGAAGCGUCUACCAUUCCCGACGCAGAUUAAAAUAAAGAAGACCCUGUUCGCGGCUGUGAUCGAUGCGGAGGAGGCGCUGGUGGCCGAGCAGCAGAGUUACGCCAGCCUGUGGGCGCGCGGCGGCAGUCGCAGCAGCAGCAGCAGCGACGACAACGAGGAGGACCAGAAGCCCCCGCCGCCGCUCAACUGAUAUCUAACCCCCGUCUCAGGCUUUUGGAACACAUGUUAUCCCCUGAGCGUAGACUUCAACAACUUUUAUAAUAGUUCAUAUUCAUUUAACUAUUGAACAAGUAUUUUUUUGUCAUAAUCGUUAGAAUUCAAUCUUUUUCUACACCUGAUUAUUUUGAAUUGAUUAGGUCGAGUGUGUGAUUUUGUCUAUAGUACGGUUCCGUUUCUCUUUUAUAUUCUCAUUUUAAUUUUUCCCCGUAAAAAUAUUAUUUUUAAAUGAAUAAUUGUAAUUGAUGUAGGUAUUACCUAGUUACAGGGAUAAGUCUAUUAUGUCCUUUGAACUAGUACAGCUAUCCCUGACAGCUAACCCCGAUGUGAUCUCUUUAAGUAGAUAACACUAGCUAGGAUCAGUUAGGUUUAUAAGUAAGUAGGUAGGUAAGCAUAUCAUUGUAUUAUUUUACAAGCAAGACUUCUUUUAUCUUGUAUAUAAUUGGAUUAAUUAAACUUUUAGUGUAUUUUUAAGGUAUUAAACGUGAUUUUUUUCAAACAAA